AUGAUGCCCAGGCACCACUCCGGAGGGUUUGCCAAUGGCUACCCGAGAGGAGGCGAUACAUUUGAUAUUUCGCCGCACAGAUUCCAGCCUCGCGCAUCCGGUCCCGCGUCUCGUCGCCGUAGAAAGCUCUAUGUUCGUAUCGCUAUUGCAGCUGUUCUCGUCACGGCGCUAUGUCUAUUCUUUGGGCCCUCAAUUUCGAUUGCGUCCGUCUUUUCGCUAGGCUUCCUCGGCGGCGACCCCGACUUCGACCUCGAAACCGUGCGGUACUAUGACUUGAACACAGUCGGCGGCACUGCUCGAGGAUGGGAGAGGGAAGAGCGCAUUCUUCUCUGCGUCCCGCUCCGUGAUGCCUCGGCGCAUUUGCCCAUGUUCUUCUCUCACCUGCGCAACUUUACGUACCCGCACAACCUGAUUGAUCUCGCUUUCUUGGUUUCCGACUCCAAGGACAACACGCUUCAGCUUCUGGUCGACAACAUGAACGCGAUCCAGGCUGACGAAGACCCAAGACAGCCAUAUGGAGAGAUUUCUAUUAUUGAGAAGGACUUUGGUCAAAAGGUAAAUCAGGAUGUGGAAAGUCGUCACGGUUUCGCCGCCCAGGCUAGCCGUAGAAAGCUCAUGGCCCAGGCCAGAAACUGGCUUCUCAGUGCCGCUCUGCGCCCGUAUCACUCCUGGGUCUACUGGCGUGACGUCGAUGUCGAGACUGCUCCCUUUACCAUUCUUGAGGAUCUGAUGCGCCACAACAAGGAUGUUAUUGUGCCCAACGUUUGGCGACCGCUGCCCGACUGGCUUGGCGGCGAACAGCCGUACGACCUGAACUCUUGGCAGGAGUCCGAGACGGCCCUUGCCCUGGCCGAUACGUUGGACGAAGACGCCGUCAUUGUCGAAGGAUACGCCGAAUAUGCCACCUGGAGACCCCAUCUUGCCUAUCUUCGUGAUCCCUACGGUGACCCCGAUAUGGAGAUGGAAAUUGACGGUGUUGGUGGUGUCAGUAUCUUGGCCAAGGCCAAGGUAUUCCGUAGCGGUGUUCAUUUCCCAGCCUUUAGCUUUGAAAAGCACGCUGAAACUGAGGGAUUUGGCAAGAUGGCGAGAAAGAUGAAGUAUUCCGUGGUUGGACUGCCUCACUACACCAUUUGGCAUCUUUACGAGCCUAGUGUGGACGAUAUUAAGCACAUGGAGGAAAUGGAGGCUGAGCGAAAACUGAAGGAAGCAGAGGAAGAAGAGAAGAGGCUGAAAGAGCAGAAGCUCAAGGAAACCUUUGGUGACAGCCAGGGCGAGUGGGAGCAGGACAAGGCUCAAAUGCAAACUCUCGAGACUCAACGCAAGGCUGGCCAGGCGGUAGAAGAGCCCAAGGGUGCCGCCGCCAAGGCUGCGGACGCCGCUGGCGGCAUAUAA